AUGGAGAGGUCUGAAUAUGACUCCAAGAUCCAUGCCUUACUUAAUGACAAGAUCUCAUAUCAGACCGUCGAUAAAGACCCGAUGAGGUCACUCAAAAAUCAGCUUAGCAAGGCAACGGAGAAACUUAGGAGACAAGAACAGGAAACCAAUGGCACUCUGGCAUUCCUGGAUGUGCUGAUCAGGCAUCAACCUAACGGUGCCCUCUCCACAAUCGUCUACCGCAAAGCAACACAUACAGACCGCAUCUUACAUCAUGAGAGUAAUCACCCCAUGCCCCUGCAGAAAUCCUUCCUUCUCGCUUUUGCUCACGCAGCCGGUGGUUGUGGUGCCCGGCUCGAUUUUACAUCGCCCUUAUUUCCUGGUCGUCGAGAGGAGUGGCUGCCCAUCCAGCUGGCUUUCUGGCAGCGUCAUGACAGAGCUGGAGAGUCUGGAGUUCGGCAAAGCAGAUUUCCUGCUUCUCGACACCGUGUCUAUGCCGGAGUUCAUGGCCAAUCUCCGGUUGAGAGAGAAGCCAGAGUGGUUCUGAAUGACUUGUGUGCGGGGAGAAAAUCAAGGUGCCUCCUGUUCCUGAAGACAACUGAUUGGCUUACAGGAUCCAGGAGAAAUGGUCUGCCCUUCUUUUGGGGUGUCAACAUGUCAAGAUUAAUUGUUAUUAUGCCUCUUAGAUUCAUCAACUUGCCAAAGAAAAAGGGAGAGGAAGUAGAAUGGAAUGCUAAGAAGCUGUUCAUGGACCGUGAGAGCCUGCACCAUGCCAAGGUCAUUGCCGCAGGUGCUUGAUGAAGAAGUGACCCGUUCCCAUAGAAAAAGAAAUAUUACUAUUGGACAAUGUGAAUACCCAGAUGGUAGGGGAAAUGGGGAUCUAAUGUUUAACUAAGCAAACUUUCAUGCAGGAAACCUCAGAGUUGGUUUUGCUUCUUCAGUUCUGAAAUGAUGUACCCAAUAAACAUUUGCC